AAUGUCGGUGUUCUGUUGACGUUACACGUGUCGUCGCUGAUCUGCGGUGAGGGGAAACCGUUUGGAUGUAUUUUGAGGUCCCUUAGGGGACUGCAGGGACUUGUGGGAAGAUGACCUGAUUUCUAAUUUUCUCCUCUCCUUCCUGGGCUGUGGGCCAGUCCCUGCUUCAAACAGCGAAGCCCGUGAAAGGAGUGCGGUCAGAGCGAUGCUACCCGGAUCUAUUUGGAAUAUGACUUUUCUGUCAGCGUGAAUUUGGAUUUUAAUGAUGGCUACAGGCGUGGCUGUAAUUCUGCGGUGGUAGAUUCAGGUCAGCAACCAUGGCUAACCUGCAGCAGGAAUACCCUGGAGUUCUUCUGGGGAUCCUGGAGGAACUGGCCAAUAUGCGCCAAUGGCUUACCUUCCAGGAUCUUUGUCGCAUGGUCAGCAGCCGCUUUGACCUCGAGCACCUUAUUGAGCUCAGGAGUUUGCUGUUUGCUGCUGCAAGCAGGGAUCCCUGUUUCCCAGCCACCCUGUUCAGGGACAGAGUUUCUACAAGAGGCCAGGGGCUAUCACCCAUAGGUGUCGCUGCUGACAUAGUAACUAUCUUCAAUCUUAUUCAGAUGACGGGUGGGGUCUCUGAAGGCAGCCAACCAAUGAGAGCCCAGACUGUCCUGCCUGUUGACCAGUCCCCAGGCCCCAGUCUGCCUGGAAUCCACCAGCUGAACAUUCCUGGUCGAGAAAGAGCACGCGCCCACUCUGACUCCAGUGGCCAGCCUAUUGACCAGCACUUGCUGUUUCCAAAAUCAAAUUACUCCAUACGGAAGCGAGCAAGUCUUCCCCCAGAUCCCAUCUCACUUGUGUCCUCCCCUCCAAUAAGGGCGAGGGCCGUGUCUUUCGACUUGCCUCACACCACGCUCCUGUACCCUAGCAGUCAAAUCCCCGACGACGUGAUGAAGAAUAUCUACCUACCUUUGGAAACGGACAGCGAGUCUAGUGGAGAGUCUGCUCCCGUGGAGGUGUUUGAAGCUGAACAGGGAACAUCAGUUGACCAGAAGAGAAACAUCUUUAGGAAAGACUUCCACAACCAGCCACCUUUAAUACCCCAGGUCACUGUUAGCAGUGAGUCUCCCAGUCCCAACAAAGUGCAGAAAGGAUUUGACAAUCUCAGCUUUGAAAUGAUCCCAAAUCCUUACCCAUCACCCACAGCACUUCACCAGGCACCAGAGCAACGAACUAAACACGAAAGCUUGGAUGACCUACAGGACUCAACUUAUUUUGGACCCGGCUCUAUUCCAGAGCCAUCCCCACGGCACCUUCAACCUCCCAGGACAAAAAAGCCUGCGUGGAGCAGUAAGAGUCACAGUCUAGAGGAUCGGAUAGGGCUAGACAGCAUUGGAAUGGGCAUGGAAUCACAAGGGGGACAACUUCCAAGGCGAUCAACACCUGCUAUCAGCCGUUUUGUGGGGUCUUCAGGAGGUGAGAGUGGAGAUAGUGGAUUGCCAGGUGGAGGUGAUGGAUUUAAAGCUCAGGGAACACAGACAGACCCACCGGACCCUCGGCGACUCCGUAGCCUUGUUCAUGCUGAUCGCCUCUCUUUUAUGACCUCAUUAGAUGACCCUGAGUUCUGUGAAGAUGACAUCAGUGCCAUCUUUCGUUUCUUAGAUGACAUUAGUAUGUGUGGCUCCACGGGAGUCCUGCACCCCAGUGAUAGCACCGCUAACCAAGACACCCCCGAGGCCCGACGUGGUCGACUAGGCCAACUCCAAAGGCUCUUCCACUCUCUAGAAAGCAGCGAUGAUGGGCUCAAAGCUAGUGUCUGUAAGCUGCUACUCCGUAUGAGCCAGAUAGAAAGACAACUUGAAUCACUGAAUGAUGUGAAGUCUGAGAUUUCCCAGGUACUUUCUGCUUUGCAGCGACUAGACGAAAAGAUCCAGCAGCCCCCUGGAAGUGGCGGACAAGUUACAGGUGGGAGAUGGCUUGAGCCUCUCAGUGGUGUCUCCUCUUUUAUGAGCCACCCUUUAACUCCUUCUGAAUCAUCAGAGCCCCAACCUUUGUCUGCAUCUGGACAUCUCUUUCCAGGUACAAGCUCCAGUAGUCUGGACUGGAGCCGAUGGAAUACUACAGGAGAUCAAACAGAAAGCAGCAAAGGUCAGGCAGAGUCAAAGGGGGCGAAAGAAGGGAAGAAGGAUGCACCUUCUACUCGUGCCCCUAAAACCCAGCCCGAAGAGAAAAGUGUCUCUGACUCUAAACAACUGAAUGUCUCUAACUCUGCAAGAGACUGGACAGUGUCGUUCUCGAAAAAUAAAGAUGGCAAAGUUUCACAAAGAAAAUCUGGACAGGCAGAUCAAUCAGGCAGCACCACUAACCUACUCUCCCAAAAGCCCACCAGCCUGGUGGAGCAAGUGUUUAACUCGUCCCUGUUCCACCACAAAGACAGCAGUCUCACAGGGGGGCUAAGCUCCGGAAAGGUCAUGGACCCCAGAUUGGCUGAGGGAAGGGGACGACCAAUAUGGACUGUAGAUGACAGAGAGGCACGAAUCUCACCUUUGGACUUACAGGCUCCGGAGUCUCUGAACCCCAACAACAUGGAGUUCUGGAUGGACGACAUCUACACUCCAGGCUACGAUGCUCUGCUCAGGCGGAAAGAGGCUGAUCUCCGCCGGGCCAAGAUCUGCAAGCUGGUUGCACUCAUAGCCACUGCAGUGGCUAUCAUUCUCAUCAUAGUCAUUCCCAUUUGCACCAUGGGCCAAUGAAGACCCUUGCAGAAGCUCACUUUAAUUGCCUGAUUUAAUUUAAUGAAUAUAUUUAUUUUCAGCAGCUAUGAGCUGUACCUAGGAACGUGUAUGGCAUUUUUAUGGAGAUCAGUAGAGGAGAGACGGUGACUUUAGAGCAGGUUUGGUGAGCUGCGAACGCUCAGUACCUCCUUUUAUUUCUCUGCAUGCAGCAUCGUUAUUUAUGACUUCAGAAAAACAGGAGGAUUUUAACUGUAACUGGAAAUUACACCUAGUCAUUCCCUUGUACACUUACAGACGCACUGUAAAUCAUCUGCCAUGCCAUUUUUUUCUCUCUCCCAUUUGCUGUGAUUUAUUUCAUGACUUCUGUUCCUACUAAACUGAAACGUCUGUCAAAGGACACAAUUCAUUUUAAAGGUUUUAAACAGUUCUACAAUAACUCAUAGCAUAUGUUGAAACUAGUAAUACUGAGCCAAUGCAAAAGGGACAUUUUCCUUUUACUCGCUCAUCUUGUCUGCACUUUUCUGAGAAACAACACUGAUACUGUUGCAUUGUGAAUAUGCUUGAGCACUGAACACUGCCUGACAUGUUCUUGCUGUUCCCCUGAGAACAAACUAGGGCUUACUUCACCUCUCUGUAAGAUAAUAGUUUCAUUAGUAAAUGAGAGUUUAACAUCUGUAAUUUAUAAAUAGAGUUGGAAGAUUUUUUUAAUUUUAGUUUCAUUUCAAAAACUUU